GGAGGUGCCAGGCUAAGGGAGGUAGAGUUGUCGGGUCCUGUACCGGGUUAGAGAGCGCUCUGAACUCUCUAGGCACUCCUUAGGAAGCCCAAAAGCCACAGUGACCCUGUUCGCUUCCAGAAUGCCACAGUUGGAUCUGUCCUGGUUGGGAUUGAGCCUGGAGGCAUCCUCUCUGUGGAUGCUUGUACUGCUUGUCGGAGCUUCCUGGCUCUUGGCCCGUGUCCUGACUCAGACCUAUACCUUCUAUGGCACAUAUCAACAUCUUUGUGGUUUCCCUCAGCCCCCCAAACGGAACUGGUUCUUGGGUCACCUGGGCAUGAUCACUCCCACCGAGCAGGGUCUGAAGGAGGUGACUAAGCUGGUGGCCACCUACCCCCAGGGCUUCAGGACAUGGAUGGGUCCCAUCUUCCCCAUCAUCACUCUGUGUCACCCUGACAUCAUUCGAUCUGUCCUCAAUGCCUCAGUUGCGGUUGCCCUAAAGGAAGUAAUCUUCUACACUUUCCUGAAACCCUGGCUGGGGGACGGGCUCUUGCUGAGUGCUGGUGACAAGUGGAGCCGCCACCGUCGCAUGCUGACACCCGCCUUUCAUUUCAACAUUCUGAAGCCGUAUAUGAAGAUUUUCAAUGACAGCACCAACAUCAUGCACGCCAAAUGGCAGCGCCUGGUCUCAGGGGGCAGCGCCCGUCUGGACAUGUUUGAGAACAUCAGCCUGAUGACCUUGGACAGUCUGCAGAAAUGUGUCUUCAGCUUCGAUAGCAACUGCCAGGAGAAGCCCAGUGAGUAUAUUUCUGCCAUCUUGGAACUCAGUGCUUUAGUGUCCAAACGGUACCAGCAGCUGCUUCUGCACAUAGACUCACUUUAUCAGCUCACCCCUAACGGGAUGCGCUUCCAUAAGGCCUGCCGCCUGGUGCAUGACUUCACAGACGCCGUCAUCCAGGAUCGACGACGUACUCUCCCCAGUAAGGAUAUUGAUGAUGUCCUCAAGGCCAAGGCCAAGUCCAAGACUUUGGACUUCAUUGAUGUGCUGCUGCUGACCAAGGAUGAAGAUGGAAAGGAGCUGUCAGAUGAGGACAUCAGAGCAGAGGCUGACACCUUCAUGUUUGAGGGCCAUGACACCACAGCUAGUGGACUCUCCUGGAUCCUGUACAACCUGGCGAAGCACCCAGAAUACCAGGAGCGCUGCAGGCAGGAGGUGCAGGAGCUGCUGAGGGACCGAAAGUCUCCAGAGAUUGAGUGGGACGACCUGGCCCAGCUGCCCUUCCUGACCAUGUGCAUCAAGGAGAGUCUGCGGCUGCAUCCCCCGGUCACAGUGAUCUCCCGCUGCUGUACCCAGGACAUUUCCCUCCUAGAUGGCCGGGUCAUCCCUAAAGGUGUCGUCUGCAUCAUCAAUAUUUUCGCGACCCAUCACAACCCAACUGUGUGGCCUGACCCUGAGGUCUAUGACCCCUUCCGCUUUGACCCAGAGAACAUAAAGGACAGAUCACCUCUGGCUUUUAUUCCCUUCUCCGCUGGGCCCAGGAACUGCAUAGGACAGACUUUCGCCAUGAGCGAGAUGAAGGUGGCGCUGGCGCUCACCCUGCUGCGCUUCCGCAUCCUGCCGGACGACAAGGAGCCGCGUCGGAAGCCGGAGCUGAUCCUGCGCGCAGAGGGCGGGCUGUGGCUGCGGGUGGAGCCGCUGAGCGCACAGUGACCCCUGCACUUGGGCGGACCAUCGCACCCAUCCACCUACCUCUGCAGAUCCCAGAAUACACAGAGCUGUGCGGGAGGCUCGCCGAAUACCAGCCGGAGGCGCUGGAAGACAAGGGGGGGGGGCAU